AUGCGGCUGCUGCAUCUGUCGUUAUCACCAACCAUUGGUGUUCUGGUUUUGGCAUUCAUCACUAUCCAGGUUACUGAGCCUUGCACUGGAGAACAGCUAGAUUUAAAUGCACAUUUCCAUGGUUUCACUACAGGCAAACGAAUCAAUGCAUAUCCAUAUACCGCGCCCGAACGAGUAGUAGACAAAGCUCUAGCGAAAAAACAUAGAAAGCCUCAACAAGCCGCACAACCAUACGAGCCUCCAAAUGGAGCAGCAGCCUCUCCUGUCGACACAUCAGCAGAUUUCGGUAUGCAAAAUGGCAUGCAGGGUGGUGGACCAGGAAUGCCUGGAAUGAUGUCCAACAAUCGUCUUCCACCACUUCAAACUGUUCACCCACCGGCACCAAAUGAGAAAGCUUGGGUGUUAACUGCAGGAAACGAGAGUUUGGUUGAUAACGUGCUAGCGAUUUCUCUACAGUACGGAGGAAGAUUAGUUUCAAUGGGAUACUAUCUCAGAGGUCAGGAUGUCAACUAUUAUGCUAUUAUGCACAAGUACUCAGGACCCGUGUUCAUCAAACCCGCUCCAAUGACAUUCGAUGAGUUGAUCAAAGCAGUGAGGGAAAACGAGGCUCGUGAUUUGGCUCUUACUCAAGUUUGUGGUCAGGAAGGGAAACCUGGAGAGAUUACGUUUACCACUUACUGGGAGAGAGUGCCUGGAGUUGAGUUUCAUAUCUGGUUCCCUGGACAACCACACGCAGACGAGCAAAAAACGCAUUUUGAAAAUAAUGGAUACCGUUUGACUUACCUCUGUGGUUAUACAGAGGCAGGAAAAGGAAAAUACGUUGGUGUUUGGCAGAAGCCAGUGAAAUCAGAAGCUCAAUACGAAGCUCACUAUGGAUUGACAAUGGAGGCGUGUAUGCAAAAAGAUAGAAUCUUGGUGCAGAAAGGAUUUGUUGCAACCUCCUUGAGAGUCUUCAACAACAAAAAUCAAGUUUUAUGUACUGGAAUCUGGGAGAAUAGAAAUGGAAGAAGUAGUAUACAAGUUGGACAGAAUUUGGAGACAAUGUACAGAAACAUGCAACGAAAUCCCAAUAUGAUUCCUCGCCAGAUGUCCCAUUAUACCGAUAACUAUCAAAACGUUGUUUACGUAGUGCUAUGGAGCGAUGUUGAUGUGAACCGAUACCCAAAUCCGCCACCACUUUGGGAUGAAACUCCUAUCCCAGUUCGUUUCCUAAAAGGAUCCCCAGAACUUCUCUCUGAUAACCAAAUGGAAUUCCUUAUCAAACGAGUUGAACACUUCAUGAAAGACUUGAAUAUUCCUGGACUGUCCAUUGCGAUUGCCAAAAAAGAGCAACUCAAAUUCGCGGCAGGCUUCGGCUACACCGACAUUCGACAACAAGAGCCCGUCACGCCAAAUCAUCAAUUCCGAGUGGGCUCAGUAUCAAAACCAGUCACCGCGGCCGCAAUAAUGCUGCUGAUUGAUAAGGGGCACUUCACACUGGACUCCAAACUGUUUGGCAAGGAUUCAAUAUUCGGCAGCGAGUUCAGCAAAAAGUAUCAAUAUCCGAGAUAUGUGACAGAGAUUACUGUACGCAACUUGUUGGAACACACGUCAGGUGGCUGGGACAACUUGCAAUCUGACGCUGCAUGGGUCCAGCCAGACAUGACCACUAAGGAGCUCAUCGAGCACGUGCUUACCAAUGUGCCACUUGAAUACAAACCAGGAUCCAUGUGGAUUUAUUCUAAUUUCGGUUAUCAGUUGUUAGGAUAUCUCAUCGAAACGACCACCGGCAUGUCCUACGAGGCGUUUGUCAAGAAGAACAUUUUCGCACCAUCUGGCGUUUACGAUAUUCAAGUGGCAAGGCCGAGCAUCAGCGAGCGGGCACCAAGAGAAGUUGUGUACUACAUGUCUGGAAAUGGAUUGGGAUUCAAUCCUUACGAGAUGUUACCACCAGAGAGAAUCGGUCCAUGGGGUGGAUGGAUUGCUAGCCCGAUUCAACUUUUGAUGUUUAUGAGCCGUAUUGAUGGAUUUCAUAAUAGAGAAGACAUUUUGAGUGAAUACUCGAUUGCUGAACUCUCAACACCAUCUCCUGCAUCCAAUGAUACUUAUGGCUUGGGUUGGUCAUUGAACAUCAUGGGAUUCAACGGCUGGCAGCAUGACGGUCGUAUGCCGGGUAGUGCGGCAAUGUUGGUCCGGUUGGACAAUGGAUUAGAGAUGGCUGUCACUGUCAAUAAGGAAUAUUCCGAAAGAGAUUUCUUCCACGAACUUGGUUACGUACUUCACCACAUCGGCAACAACUGCGAUUGGUGGAAUGACGACUACGAUUUGUUCCAAAAAUCUAGGAGAUCUUCUAGAAGUGCAAAACGACAUCUAUACCCUUUAGCGACACAGAGAACGACUGUUCAUAGUACAACAAAUCCACACAUUAUUCGCUUCGCUUAG